UUAAGUUACUGAUCUAGUUCAGUUUAUUUAUUGUAAAAAAAAAAGUAAACAGAAAAGUUCAAAUUGGGAAGAUCUAGCGUAAUUUAAUAUUUUAGGACAUUUUAUUUAAUAUUUAUCUAUAGUUAAUUUAAGAAUACUAUUUUUCCGAUUUGAUCAUGGCAGGAAAUGAAGAUUUCGACCAGUUUGAAGAUGAUUUACAAGAGAGUCAAGAACCACAGACUGGUGAUAAGAAGAAACGUUUAUUUUCAAAAGAAUUGCGUUGUAUGAUGUAUGGAUUUGGGGAUGACCAAAAUCCUUAUACAGAAUCUGUUGAUCUUUUGGAAGAUUUAGUUAUAGAAUUUAUUACUGAAAUCACGCAUAAAGCGAUGGAGAUAGGCAGAACCGGUCGAGUUCAGGUGGAAGAUAUAGUUUUUCUAGUGCGUAAGGAUCCGAGGAGGUAUGCUCGUGUGAAAGAUCUGCUCACUAUGAAUGAAGAGCUCAAGAAAGCUCGCAAAGCCUUCGAUGAAGUGAAAUACGCUUCUGUAUAAUAAAUACUUAAAGUGCUAAAUUUAGUUGUGAACUAAGAAAAAAGUGUUUGUUCUGUACUGUAUGAAUUACAACUUACUUUCUACAAUUUGUGCUGACUUCAGUUGUGAGUGUGAGAACUGGUGGUGUUUGUUUCGUACUUUAUGAACUGCAACUCACUUUUAUACAAAUUGUUUUGCAAGUCAAUUUCUGAGUUCUAAUGCAGGUGUGACCUAAUGAAGAUGCUUGUUUUGUAUUAUAUAAAUUUAAAAGCAUAUCUUUCUUGAACUAUGACUGAGAGAACUUGUGAAAUGUAAAUAAAAAAAUUAAAUGUUUUCUACACAUA